AUGAAAUCAACCAGUGAUGUAAGCGAGGCGAUUCCGAGUCUGAACCUGUUCCAGAAUCGGGCCCUGCCGACUAGACCCUGGAAGGUCGACCUGAUGCUUGGGGAGGACUUUCGCAUUCCCCUUGCUGGCUUCACUCUAGUACAAGAAUCUCGUCCUCCCACUCUGUGCAAUUUUUUAGCACGAGAUCCCAGCGUGGGGGUUGCAGCUGUCACGACGUAUCAUUUGAAUGAUGAAUCACAAACUCAUGUUGCCAAAGAGGACACAAUUAGUGGUGAGCACAUUUGA